UAACUAUAAAAAAAUAUGGAUAAUUAAUCUAAAUGUGACAAUUAAAAAAUAUUAAAUAUAGAUAAUGGAAUUAUACCAGCAUCUUCUUAAUAAAUAAAAGAUAACUUUAAAAUAGAUAAUUCUUAGUUUGGUCUUUUGGGUACUUCAAUGUAUUUCGGAGUUAUUUUCGGAGGUUUUUUUGCUGGGAAGUUAUACUUAAAAAAUAAUUCUAAGACCAUAUUAUUAAUAGCAAUUCUUUUUUAGACAUGCACUUUGUAUUUAUUUACAUUUUUUACUUAAGUUUAUUUUUUGUUUGCUACAAGAUUUCUUACAGGAAUUUGCUAAGUAUUUUUAUUAGUAUUUUUCCCAGUAUGGAUUGACUUAAAAGGAAGUUAAAAAAAAACACUAUGGUUAACAUGUCUUCAUUUAGGGGUUCCAUUAGGAAUUUUUACAGGAUAUACAUUAACAUCAUUAAUAUCAUAAACAUUAAAUUAUAAAUGGUCAUUUUACAUAUAAUCAAUUUUAAUAAUAAUAAGUUUCCUUUUAAUAUUAAUUCAUAAAACCGAAAAACUUUCCUUAAUAAAAAAUUAAUAAAAAAAGCCUAAAGCAUCCCCAAAUAACUCUCCUGAAGCCUAAAAAAACCAAAGCAUGAUAUACCAAAUGGAUCCUCCAUAUUCACCAUACGAGAUAAUAGACGAAAACUAUCAGUAACUAAUCCUUGAGAAAGAGCAAAACAUUUAAUCAAAAUCCUAUUUUUAAAACCUAAAAGAGAUUUUAAAGACACCCAUAUACCUCUUAUCAAUAUCUACAAUCAGUUUAUUAUAUUUUAUAGUCACCGGAAUUCAAUAUUGGAUGUCUGAUUAUUUCCAAAGGGUCCUAAACGUUGAUAAAUAUAACACUAUGGUGUCUUAUUCUUUAGUUUCUUUAACUGCGCCUACUUCAGGAGUAGUUUUUGGUGGUAUAUUAUCACAUAAAUUGGGAGGAUAUGAGCAUUUUAAUACUAAAAAAAUCUGCUUAAUAUUAUCUAUUUUGUCUUCCUCAGUAGCCUGUCCAGUUCCUUUUGUUGAUAAUUAUAUAUAUGUGUCAAUAUUGAUCUGGUUUUUAUUAUUUUUUGGAGCUGGAAUGGUUCCUGGAUUAACAGGGAUGAUGACUAGUUCUAUUUAGAAAUAUUUAAGGCCUUUUGGAAAUUCCUUUUUUUAAAUUUUUGCGGGUUUGUUAGGGUUUUUACCAGCUCCGGCUUUAUAUGGAGUUUUUUGUGAUAAAAUAGGGCAAAGAGCUGGAAUGUUUAUGCUUAUGUAUGUUAGUUUUUUUGGAGUUCUCUUGAGUUUUUUGGUAUUCAUAGUAGGGUUUUUUGAAAAGAAAAAAUAAGAAAUAACAAAUUAAGUAAUAAAAGAAGAAGUAACAGAAGAUGAUAAAAGUGUAGGUGUUUAGAUAAAAAUAGAUAGUACUAUGAAUGAAGAAUACAAAACAAGAUGUUGUAGUUAAAAGUAAAGUGAAAAAUUUAAUGAAAGUUCAGAUAUAAAUAUAUUUGUUGUUAAAAAAAUAAAUCAUCAAAAUGAUAAUAAUGAAAUUUAAGAGGCAUUUCUAUAAUGAUAAACUAAAAUAAGAGCUUUUUUUUAUUUUUUAUUACAUUUUAUGUUUAUAUUUUUUUUUUGAAUAUUAUAAUUCUUAUAUUAGAUUAUUU